AUGGUUGGCGGCGGGGCGGGCGGCGACGGCCCGAGCGGCUGCGAGGCGGCCUCUGUUGAAGGGCCUUACGGGCAUGAAUUGCCUUACCAUCUGACAUAUGAAAACCUCAUCCUGGUGGCUGGAGGCAUUGGGAUAUCCCCCUUUUUGGCUAUCUUGAGUGAUAUACUUCAUCUUACAAAGCAAGGAAAACCAUGCGUACCCAAGAAUAUAUUAGUCAUUUGGGCCAUCAAAAAAUCAGAUGAGCUCCCUAUACUUUUCACUCUCGAUGCAGAGUCGAUCUGCCCUCACUUUUCUGAGAAACUAAAUCUCCAAGUCUGUGUUUAUGUCACACGGGAAUCUGAUCCUCCUCUGGAAGAAGGUAAAUUUUACAAGGGCAUUAGCUCUUCCAUGUCUCCUCCAUCCAAGGGUAGCUGCAUGUCUGUUCUAGUUGGCACUGGAAACCGGGUGUGGUCUGGGGUUUAUGUCAUCCUGUCCGUGGUCGGCUUUGCCAUAUUGUUGGCCCUGCUGGACAUCUUCUACAUAAACCCUAUGAACAUAGUCUCAUGGUGGUACAAAGGCCUCUUGCUUGUAGGAUGCAUGUUUUCCAGUAUGAUCAUAUUUGGAGGCCCUGUCAUCUAUCUAUGGCGUGUCUGGGAAAAAAGAAUUCUAGAUGUGGAAGAAUCUGCAGAUGCCAGGAAGGAUGAAGCGUUGCAGCACAGUGCCAGUGUUUAUAUAACGCAGGAAAACUUAGUCCCAAAAGACCGUGCUGUUGCGAGGAGAAUGUAUUAUGGCACUAGACCAAACUUUGAAGAAAUUUUUACAUCUGAGUCCGAGCGCUGGGGCAAUGUUGACAUUGGCGUAAUCGUGUGUGGUCCUGAGACUCUUCAGUCGAGUGUUGCCAGAGAAUGCAGGUCGCAGAACUUAAGGAGGGGGUCACUUCGGCCGGUCUUCCAUUUCAACAGCCAUAGUUUCGAUCUGUAGCUACUUUACUAUCGCUCAUCACUCGUGUCUGUACCAAACUCGAAAGAUCCAAUUGGGAGCAUUGAUAAGCCUACACUACUGAUGCAAUAUACUGUGAAUACAAUCCUUAUCAUAUAGGAUCAGAUAUCGUUGUAAUGUCAAAUAAGGCAGUAUUCUGUCACCUAGGUAGAUGAGUAGUGUGCUCUGGAUCUAAUAUGUGAGGCACACACAGUUGUAUAUUGGUGGACAUUAUUACAGUAAUGUACUGAUUACAUGUAAAAAUGCUUUUAGCCUA